AUGGCGGGCCCGGGGCGGUUGGAGGAGCUGGAGCUCAGCGCCGAGGAGGCCGAGCGGCUCAAACGGGCCUUCCGCGACGAGCAGUUCCGUGCGCUGUUCGCCGAGUACGCGGCGGAACUGGCCGACCCGGAGCAGCGUCGGCUCUACGAGGAGGAGGUGACGGCCUUGGAGCGGGAACGCGGCGUGGAGGUGCGCUUCGUCCACCCCGAGGCAGGCUACGUGCUGCGCACCAGCCAGGCCGGCUCCCGCCGCUGCUACCUCAACGUCUGCAGCAACCCGCAGGUCGGGGCGCCGCAGGCCCGCGCCGAGCCCGGCGGCCACCGCUGGGCCCUGCCCUAUAGCCUAGCGCCGGGCCGGGAGGAGCUGGGCCGCGGCGGACAACGCUGCCUGAUCUACGACGUGGUUUUCCACCCGGCGGCUCUCCGCCUGGCCUCCCGCAGCUCCCGCUUCCGCCGCCUACUCAGCGACACGGCGCUGGAGGCCGUGGAGCGCCACUGCUCCGUCCAGCUCGACCGCGCCAACGCCGCCGUCCUCCGCGGCACCAAGUACAAGGGCGUCCCGCAGGCUCCCGUCAUCCGCACCCCGCUGCCUGGUGCCGCCCCGCCGACCCCUUCCGACGGCAGCGACGACUCCCCGCUGCCACCCUUCCCCUUCCCGCCGCCGCCCGCCGCCCCGCCGCCGCCCGCCGCUCCCCCGCCGGCCCGGCCCGCCGGUCCCACCACGCCGCGCUGGAGCAUCCUCCACCGCUCCUACGUGGACCUACAAGACUACCGGUACUGCCGCGACUCGGCGCCCAGCCCGGUGCCGCGGGAGCUGGUGGUAACGGUGGAGCUCCCGUUGCUGCGCUCCGCCGCCCAGGCCGAGCUGGAGAUCCGCGGCCGGGAGCUGCGCCUCGACUCGCAGCGUCCCGCCUACCGCCUGCGCCUCCGCCUCCCGUACGACGUGGACGAAAGCGGCGGGCGGGCCGCCUUCAACAAGGCCGAGCGGCAGCUCGUGAUCACGCUGCCCGUGGUACCGCCGGGCCCGGGCGUGGAGCGGCUGGAAGAGGCCGGGCCCGCCGCCGAAGGGCUGGGCGAGCCGCCGAGGGGCGGCGGGGCGGUCCGGAGCACGUGUGGCGACGGGGAACCCGCUCCGUGCCCCGAACGGCCGCCCGCCGGCGGCCUCCCGCCGUCCCCGCCCCGCUCCACCGCUGCUUCCCCCACUCCGAGCUCCAGCCCCCAGCCCAGCGGCCUCGCCGGGGACGCCCCUCCGUGCCCUCCCGAGAGCGCGGCCCCGCCGGCCGCAGAGGGCAGCCCCGGCGACAUGGCUCUUCCCCGGAGCUCCGGCAGCCCCGAGGCCGCCGUGUGCCCUCCCUUCCAGUGCCGUCAGGAUGAGGCCUCCCUCACUCUGCUCCUGCCUGUGCCCGGCAUCUGGCCCCAGAGCCUCAGCGGGGCCGUGGGCACGAACCACUACAGCCUCUGCUUCUCCAGUGAUGCUGGCGCCUAUGCCCUCUUCUUACAGUUUCCUCCCGCAAACAGGCUGGUGUCCCCCGAGACCAGCAUUAGCGUGUCUGCCCACAACGCUGCCAUCGGGCUCGCCAAGGCCCCUGGGAGCACCGGGCCCUGGGAGAAGUUCUGCUUCGGCCUUGACGCCUCCGCUCUGCAGGAAAGAUUGUUUGUCAGUGAAGAAAACAUUGAUGGAUUUCUAGGCACUGUUUUAUGCCCUUCCUCACGCUCCCAAUCAGCACUGGAAAGUCAGCCGUUAAUUGAAGUGCUUGAUGUUACUGAGGAGAGAAUUCAAAUCAUGCUGAAGUCGCAGGAAGCAGUCCAUUCUGAAUGUGACGGAAAAGAACAAGCACUUAGCAGCUCAGGAGGAGAUUUCACUGAAAAGACAAACGGCGGCUACCCCCCAGCAAAGGCAGAAACAAACUGUACUGCAGCUGACACAGUUGAAGAAGAACGUGCUACAGAAACCAACAAAACUUCCAGAUCUUUUGCAGCAGCUGAAACAAUAGGAAAAGUAGGUUGUAGUUCACACCAUUGUUUGCAGCAUGAACCUUCUGACACCAGUUCAGCGAUUCCUGGCGAAUCUAGGAGAAAGGAACCAGAUUUAGAAAGUGCUGUCACAGUAGGCGAAACGGCCGUGGCCACAGACUCUGAAAAACAAGCCGGCCUUCUGCUGGAGGGGCAGGCGAAAGCAGAAGGGGAUGAAGCAGCUGCACCCGCAGGGUCGGCACAGGGGAACCAGCGCAGCUCACGCAGCAGACCAGCCUCCCCAGUUCUCCAAGAAGUGAACACGCAGGAUGGGAGCGUGCAGGUCAUUAGGGAUCAUGUAACGCACUGCCCGGUCACGUUUCAGAAUUCUUUGCUGUAUGAAUUGGACUAGUUUAAUUAUUUCAGGAUUUGAAUUGGACUACUUUAAUUAUUUUAGGAUUUCCUUCUGUUUGAUGCUUAUUGUGGUUUCCAUGUGCUGGUUUAUGACUUCAGGGCUAAGAGUAGAACACAGGUUCCUACUGAAACAGUUUUGUUUACAUGUCAACUUAGAAUACUUACGUUGUUAAUAAUUUUUGAAGUUAACAGGUCUGAGUUUUCUAAUCACAUGUAUGGGCUCAAGUAGUUUUACUUGUAAGAAAGAUGCAGCUGAAGGUGAAUCUGAGCUCUUGGAAGAAAACGCACCUUUAUUGUUUAUAUAACUAUCUUAGUCUCUUGCUACAUUACAGGGAGUAUUUGUAUAUAGCCUUUUUCUAAUGGCUCCCUCAGGAAUUGCUGUGUUUAGUCCACCUAGAAAUGAGCAGUAUUCAUAAUUUUUCAAACCUUUCAUUUUGUGAUAGAUGCAGGAUUAGGCUUGCACUGAUUUUUAGCAAUUAAAUGAAAUUUCUAAUUACACAGAGAAGUUCUAAUUACUCUCCUAGAAAUAAUCAACAUUUAUACCAUGUAUUCAGUCCUAGUACGUCACUUCAAAACAUGGCAUCCAAACGUACCCCAGCCUCUCAACCGAACAAAUUCAACCGCACACUAAAAACAUCCUGUCUUGUUGCACGACUGCUACUAAGUAUUUACAGUUUGUAAAAUGGAUUCAUUUUACCCAGAUUAGGUUUACUUUUCAAAAACAGUUCCCUGUGGGCUUCAGCGUGCUGUUCGCUGGUUCGUCGCUUAGAAGUGUGAUAACCAAAAGAACAUAUCUAACAAUAACAAACUUUCAGUUCCCCUUCUCACUGUUUCUGAAAUAACUUCUGUUUUAAGUUGUACAAGACACGAACGCGCUUUAGAAUAAACUUAAAUUAGA